AAUACAAUAAACAAAGUCUAAUAUACAAUACAUGUGAAUGGAGAAAGAGAAAAAAAUGUAAAGUGACCAAAUACCAAUGGAAAAGUAUGUGAAGUGUCUCUGUGACACUGGGAUUGGGGACAAACUGGCCAACAGGCUAUUUAUUUAGAUAUUAGUUAGUUAUUUUUCUCUUUCAUGUUUCCUUUUCUCGGCUCCUGUGUUUUCUUUCCCCCUGUAUCUUGCUCUUCACAAUUACCCUCAUUUCCUUUCAUGACAGCCUUGAAGACAUGACAGAAACUUGAAAUACGUCGCGCGCCUGUACUUUUUGUCCCUCCACGUUUUCCGUAUUUGAAGUGUAGCCGCCUUGUUAGCAGUUUGCUAUCCAUCACUAUUCCUUCCACUUCCUUAGGGCUAGGCGAUGUUUAUUUUCUUCGAAGGUUCUUGAUGAUGAGAGCAGUCAAAAUUCAGAUAAGAAGACACCGGUCAGACAUCAUAGGCUCAAAAUGAGUCUUCACGCAUAGAAGUUUAAAUGGCUGAUCCUCAGUGAGCACAAUGAGCAGAACCAGUCAGAAAGCAAAAAGGUCUGUAUGUGUGUGAGACUGGGCUUGUAUGAAGAGUUUAGGGCAUUCGGACAGGAGGACCUGAAUGCUGAUUAGACGGCUGAGGACAAAAUCGGAUGUGCCCGAUGAUGGGUCCUGUUCUGGUCUGGCUCCAGGACGUGGCAGCUGUGACUCUACUGAGGGCUCGGCGUACUCUGCUGCGGGCCGCCAUUUUCUUCUGUGUGUUGGUGCUGCUGCUUUGGGUGUCGAUCUUUUUGUACGGCAGCUUCUACUACUCCUACAUGCCCACUGUCAGCUUCUCUACACCUGUGAACUACCACUACAGAAGUGAUUGUGUGUCUGCCAACUCAGUUCUCUGUUCCUUCCCAAUGGCUAACAUCUCUCUCCUAAAAAAUGGCAAAGAGCAGGUGUUGAUGUAUGGUCAGCCUUAUCGAAUCUCGCUUGAACUGGAGAUGCCGGAAUCACCCGUUAACGAGCAGCUCGGCAUGUUUAUGAUCACAAUGUCCUGCUACACUAAAGACGGAAAAACCGUGUCCACCGUGGCUCGCUCUGCCAUGCUGCAUUAUCGCUCCAGUCUCCUGCAGAUCCUCAGUACCUUGGUGUUCUCACCAAUGCUGCUUACUGGCCUUUCAGAGCAGAAGCAGCUUAUAGAGGUGGACCUCUUCUCAGACUACAAGUCGGACUCUUAUCAGCCCACUAUUGGGGCUGUGAUAGAGAUUCAGUCUAGGCGUGUGCAGAUCUACUCUGCCCAGCUUAGGAUCCACGCCUACUUCACUGGGAUCAGAUACCUCUUGUAUAAUUUCCCUCUAACGUCAGCAGUCAUAGGAGUUGCGAGUAACUUCACGUUCCUCAGUGUGAUUGUGCUGUUUAGUUAUCUGCAGUUCAUCUGGGGAGGAUUGUGGCCCCCGGAGCAGGUCAGAGUCCAGGUAAUGAUGGGGGACACAACACGUCUACAAAAGAGGAGAGAGGAAGCCCGGAGACGCAUGCGCACAACAGCUAGUGCACCAAACCUGAAGUACGAGAAGGACCAAGAUGCACCUGCAGACCAACCAGCAGAGACUGAGCAAACUGAAGGCGAUCUAGACACACUUGGUGCGAUUAGUUCACUUGGUGAAUCUUCACCAAAUGAAGAGAAUCAUCUUAAUGUUCCACAUGUACCAGAGAUCAAUACAAGUGAUGAUGCUGAGCUUGAGAAGAGAGCCACACAGGACACCAGCUUAAGGCAAAGACACGGUCCCUGGAUGCGUCUGUGAGUUCUCUUUUAGAGAAGGUCAACACGCUUGGACACUUCCUCUUGAGUUACAAUAGUGACGUGUG